CCCGGGCGAGGCGGGGCAGGGUCGGCCUAUUUGAGGCGUGGAGCCGCAGCCCGGCCAGGAGCCCCGGGAGCGAGCGAGGCAGACAGCGGACUCCGAGGCGGGGAAAAUGGCAGACAGUUUUUCGCUUAAUGAUGCCUUGUCUGGGCCUAGAAACCCCAACCCUCAAGGAUGGCCUGGCUCAUGGGGAAACCAGCCUGCUGGGCCAGGGGGUUACCCAGGGGCCUCCUAUCCUGGGGCCUACCCUGGACAGGGACCUCCUGGUGCCUACCCUGGACAGGGACCUCCUGGUGCCUACCCUGGGCAGGGACCUCCUGGGGCUGCCUACCCUGGCCCACCUGCUCCUGGAGCCUACCCAAGCGGACCCGGUCCCUACCCGCCUCCUGGACAGCCACCUGCUCCUGGAGCCUACCCUGCUGCUAAUCCCUUUGGCAGCUCGGCUGGACCACUGCCUGUGCCUUAUGACCUUCCCUUUCCAGGAGGAAUCAUGCCUCGCAUGCUUAUAACAAUUCUGGGCACAGUGAAGCCCAAUGCAAACAGAAUUGCUUUAGAUUUCAAGAGAGGGAAUGAUGUUGCCUUCCACUUUAACCCACGCUUCAAUGAGAACAACAGGAGAGUCAUUGUUUGUAAUACAAAGCAUGAUAAUGUCUGGGGAAGAGAAGAAAGACAGAAUGUUUUCCCAUUUGAAAGUGGUAAACCAUUCAAAAUACAAGUACUGGCUGAAUCUGACCACUUCAAGGUUGCAGUCAAUGAUGCCCACUUGUUGCAGUAUAAUCAUCGGAUGAGAAAUCUCAGAGAGAUCAACAAACUGGGAAUUUCUGGUGACAUAAUCCUGACCAGUGCUUCACAUGCUAUGAUGUAAUCUUUAAGGGGCAGAUACUUUUUUAAAAAAAUGAAAUUUUAAUGUAAACCUUAUACAUCUAAGAGCUUCAUGUUCACUGAGUAAAAAUUUUAAGUUUAUCCAUCAGUAUCCUUCUUGUAAAUCAUUUAACAUUCUUAUUCUGAGUUAUCUGUCUUUAUAUGUCAUUUAAGUCAAGGAAUUUAUUCUAGAUUAUGCACAGUGGACUCAAUGGAAGAAAGAACUAUGUAGCAAUAUUAAUACUGUAUUAGGGUCUCCCAAUUUUUUCUAUGCUUGCUAAAAUAUUUUUUAAGAAAGAAGGAGUUAGGAGUAAAACUACCCCAAAUUAUCUUCUCUCUUCUAGAGUUUUAUAAAAACCAGGAGAUGCUACCAGGAAAUCACUCUCAUUUUCUUAUUUAAAGAAAUGUUACAUUGUCAGAAAAUGAGAAAAGUAGAAAAAAAAGUUUAUCCAUAGAUGACCCAUGACCAAUAGACAAUCUUUGUUAGCAUUUUGGUAUAUUUCUUUUGACUGCUUUUUAAUUCUAUUUUCUCUCUCCAAACUACAGUUCACUGGUUUCAAAUCAGUAUUUGAUACUAAUAUGAGACUAUCUCCCCAUAGGUUCUCCUGGUUUUUGUGAAAUCUCUAGAUUAGUACAGAUAAAACCCAAGUAGUUUCUUUUUUAGAUACAUAGUCAGCUUCAAACAUUUAAUUGUUCCGUUGUCAAAAUUCUUAUCCCACCUUUCUGCCCUUAUUACAAACAAGCCCAAAGUUUAACAAAAUUUCAAAACUUAGAAUGUGGUCACACCACUUCAUUUUAUAAAAUACCAAGAUAUUAUUUUUAAAAGUUAUUGUUUCCAUUAUACCAUCUUCUCAAAUACUUUAAAUGGUAUUUGUCACAAAUUGGGUUUCCCCGGAAGCAAAGAGAUUAGCAGGCAAGAGGUUUAUGAGGGAGUGCUCUUGUGAUCAACACCUGUGGGGUGAGAAGGUAUAGGAUUGGGCAGAGGGGGAAGUUGAGCAGUAAUGCCUCAGCCUCCCCUACAGAGAUGAAGAUGGGAGGACCCUUCAGAGUUGUCCUGAGAUGGGGUAAGGGAGUCAGGCCUCAAAUUAGUCAUUGAAUACUGUUCCCCUGGGGAACAAGGUGUAACCUUGGGUGAAGUGGGUCUCUUGGCCUGAGGCAGUACUCGUUAUGGGAUAUCAGCAACUGAGGGAAUAUAUUAAGUCCUUCAGUCCUAAAGAAUCUGGGCAGCACAUCACAGCAUGUUUCAAAAAUAUGUAAAUUCCUUACCCUAACAUUCUAGUCUCUUAACUGUUCUACUUGUAUAAUCAAAUGGAAAAACACAAGCUUUGGAGACAAGAGAGAACUUGGCUUACAGUCUAGUUUCUAGCUAUGUGACUUUGCACAAAACAACUUAAAUAUUACGAGUCUUGGUUCCUUUGUCUAUAAAAUGGGUAGUAUAGUACAUCUCUUGUAGGGUAUCUGUGAUUAUUAAGUGAUAUAUCAUUUGCAAACCAAAAAAAUCCCCAUUGCCAUCGAGUCAAUUCCAACUCAUAGCGACUCUAUAGGACAGAGUAGAACUGCCCCACAGGGCUUCCAAGGAGUGGCUGGUGGAUUUGAACUGCCAACCUUUUGGUUCGCAGCCGAGCUGUUAACCAUGUGCCACCAGGGCUCUAGUGUUUGCCCACCAAAUAGUAGGUCUUCGAUAAAUGGAAAUUCCUUUUCUUCCUAUUUUGGAAGGGCUCUUGUUCUACCCAAGCAGUUUUCUUUCAUUUUAUCUCUCAAGAUUUUCCUGAUACCGCAUAACCCUAGAGUCCAAUAGCCCAAGGCCAAGAACACCCUUAUCUAGUUGUAGGGGACAUUGACGGUUGCCCACCCAAUAUACAUUUCUCCUUUCCUGACAGUCAUGUUUUUAUUCAGGUAUGAUCCCAGAUCCGAAAUGGAAUCCUGAUUAGCUUAAGCCAAUCAAUACAUGCAAUUUCCCUGCUGACUUAUUGAUCUGGGAGGAUGUGGGAUGUGGCAUUAGUUGGCCCAACUAGAUCAAAGGGGAGGAUAUAGCUCUGAUUGCCACUGGCAGCCAUCUAUGGCCCCACAACCACUCAGCCUUAAAGGAGAAGCCAGUGCCGAGGAUAGCAGAAUGAACUAUGGACACAGGUUGAACCUUGAUGUCAUCAUUGAGCUGUUAAUUAUAAAGUGCCUGGAAUCACUCUGAGGAUUUGUGAAACAAUUUCCUCAUUGUUAAACCAGUUUGAGUCUACUAUUACUUACUAGCUAAAAGCUUUCAACAGUAUAUCUUAUUAAAGCUACCAAAAAAAAAAAAAAAA